AUGUCUCAAGACACUUUUAGAUAUCAUUUCUAUAAUAAUCCAACUGUACUCAUUGCUGUUGCUGGUGGAACUGCUUCAGGAAAAACAACGUUCUGUCAAGAAAUUGCAAAUACAUUAAAAGGAGAGAAAUUUGUAGUUAUUUCACAAGAUUCAUUUUAUAGACCAUUAACAAAAGAAGAACAUGAUAAUGUUGCUGAAUAUAAUUUUGAUUCUCCAAGUUCAUUUGAUUGGAAUUUAAUAAUUGAAACAUUAAAAAAAAUAAAAGCAAAGAAAAGUGUAUCAUUACCAGUAUAUGAUUAUGUUACUCAUUCAAGAAAACCAGAUUGGGUUCCAGUUGAAACAGGAGACGUAGUAAUAUUUGAAGGAUUAUAUACAUUUUAUCAAAUGAAAGGUUAUGAAAAUUAUUUUGACAUGUUUGAUUUAAAGAUAUUUAUUGAAUCUGAUAAUGACACUAGACUUGCAAGAAGAAUUUUAAGAGAUAUGAAUUAUCGUGGAAGAACACUUGACUCAGUAUUGUUUCAAUAUAAAAAAUUUGUUAAACCUGCAUAUGAUAAAUGGGUUUAUCCACAACGUAAAAGAGCUGAUAUUAUUGUUCCAUGGGGAGAAAUUGAAAAGGCACAAACGCCAGGAGUGUUAUCACAGAUGCCAGCAUUAAAGAUGGUUUCUCAAUAUAUUGAACAAUUUUUCAUACAAGGACCAUAUAAAAAGAUUUCAAGUAUGAAUAACUUUGGAAUAAGUGGUGAUUUAGACUAUCAAAAAGGAAGUCUUUCUGAUGUUGAUAAUUAA